AUGGCAGCCCUGUGCCUGGUUGAGUCCUUCAUCAGAGGAGACUGCGGGCCGCGCUGGCCUGUGGAGGAGGUGCACGAGAUGCUGGCAGUCGCCAAGAGUGCAAUGGCCAACGGCUGUGGAGAGGAAGCCAGCAACCUGAGAAAGUGUAGCGGCUGCCGCGCGGUGGCCUACUACAGCCGCGCCUGCCAGCUGCGGCACUGGAAGGAGGGCGGGCACAAGCAGCAGUGCGUGCAGCUGGCGGCAGGCAGCGCUGAAGCUGGCAGCAGCACCCGAGGUGGCCACUAG